GAGCAAAUCUCGCAGCCCUACUAACGGCAGUGCACGGCACUGGCAUUCUGCGAUGGACUCCAUCGUCAAGCGAGAGCCUGACGAGUUCGUACGCACGCGCAGCGACCGUACGCCGAUUUACAUCAGCAGCGACGACCGCAACGACGGCGUCGACGGCGGCGGCGGCGACGACGACGACGACGACGACGACAGUGGAUGCAGCGAUCGCUCCGCCGGCGACGGCCGCUGUCCACGAGCCGCGGCGCUUGGCGCGAGCGCGAGCGCUCCGAAGCGCAAGAAGACGAGGAGCCUGAAGGAGAUAGACCGUGACUUGGCGUUGAAGAAACCGAAGCUCGACGAGGAAGUCGUCGACUUCGCGGUUCCCGUCGAUUUCCUCGCUCCGCUGCCGCCGUGCUCGCCCGUGGAGGCUGCUGUCGACGGCGACCGGACGAUUCAGGCUCGUGCCGUGCGCCGGCAGUUCUGGAAGGCUGGGGAUUACGAGGGGGAAAGCAAUCGCGACGUUCUUGCUUCUCGCGAUGCUACAGUUGGCAUGGAUCGUGUCAGAGUCCACCCCAAGUUUCUCCAUUCCAAUGCAACCAGCCAUAAAUGGGCUCUUGGAGCUUUUGCGGAGCUUCUUGACAACGCUGUAGAUGAGGUUUGCAAUGGAGCCACUUAUGUUCACCUUGACUUGUUGGAAAAUAAAAGGAAGAAUUUCAUAGCCUUGGUGAUUGAAGAUAAUGGUGGAGGGAUGACCCCUGACAAAAUGAGGAAGUGCAUGUCUCUCGGAUAUUCUGCCAAAAGCAAAGCUGCAAACACGAUUGGUCAAUAUGGAAAUGGGUUCAAGACAAGUACCAUGAGGCUGGGAGCAGAUGUGAUUGUAUUCUCACGUAGUGGGAAAUUAGGAGGAAUGAGCGCAUCACAAAGCAUUGGUAUGUUGUCCUACACAUUUCUAAGGGCAACAGGCAAGGAAGAUAUAAUUGUUCCUAUUGUUGAUUACCAGAAAAAGGGACAAGAAUGGAGCAAGAUAAUCAGAUCUUCUACAGAGGAUUGGAAUAGAAACUUUGAAACCAUUUUGCAUUGGUCACCAUUUGAAAAUAAGGAAGAACUUCUUCAGCAGUUCAAUUCGUUACAAAAUCAAGGUACACGCAUAAUGAUAUAUAAUUUAUGGGAAGAUGAUGACGGAAGUCUGGAACUCAAUUUUGAUACCAAUCCUCAUGAUAUUCAAAUCAGGGGAGUAAAUCGGGAAGAGAAGAAAAUAAAGAUGGCUAAACAGUUUCCGAACUUGAAACAUUUUCUGACUUACCGACAUUCGUUGAGGAGUUAUGCAUCAAUCCUCUAUCUCAGGCGGCCACCUGAUUUCAGGAUCAUUUUGCGUGGGGCAGAUGUUAGACACCACAGCCUGGUGAAUGACAUGAUGCUGAGCCAGAAGAUAACAUACAAGCCUUCAAAUGUUGCUGACAGUGUGCCCAACAAUUCAAAUAUGGUUGCCAGUGUGACCAUUGGCUUUGUGAAGGAUGCUUCCUAUCACAUUGAUGUUCAAGGUUUCAAUGUUUACCAUAAGAAUCGACUUAUUAAGCCCUUCUGGAGGGUUUGGAAUGCUGCUGGAAGUGAUGGCCGCGGAGUUAUAGGUGUGUUGGAAGUGAACUUCAUUGAACCUGCUCAUGACAAACAAGACUUUGAGCGCACAAUAGUGCUUUCAAAACUCGAGGCACGCCUGGUGGUGAUGCAGAGAAAUUACUGGAAUACAAAUUGCCAUCAUGUUGGUUAUGCAGCAACUCAACAAUCAAAGAAAUCAGUUUCUUCUCAAAUGAAAGGCUCUAAUAAAAGUAAAUCGUGUUCUCCCUCAGUAGGGAAGGGGAGUGGAGUAAUCAGUCCAUGUUCUAAGUUCAAGCAGACUGUGAACCAGGAGGAGGCAUCUACAGACUUGGAUGAAUCAAGUGAGGAAAGAAGUUCUGACGAGGUUUCCUUGGCUAAUGUUGAUGGCCAACAAACUAUAACAUGUAAUUUCAAAAUUGGUUCCUUGGGAAGAGCUUCCCAAACAACGGACAGUAUCAGAAACAGUGAUGCUCAUGUUUCUGCGUGCCAAACAGACAUGUUAGUCAGGUUGAAAGAAGAGAACUGCGAUUUAAGACAAAGAUUAAAAGAAAAAGUGGGAUUGGAUGCAAUGAAUUUGCUGCACCAGUUGCAGGUGGAGAGAGAAAGACGCAAAUCUCUUGAAACAAAACUUAAGGAAGGAGAAGAAAAAAUUAGAGACGUGGACAAGGAGCAUACAGCACUAAUUAACAUGUUUGUGGAGGAAAGGACCCGGGGAGAACAGGAGGAAGACGAACUCAGGGAGCAACUGAUGGCUGCGUCUAGUGAGAUUGAUCGACUGCUUCAUAUGUUAAGGCAGUUACAAGACAUGAAGGUCUUAAAUCGCAAAGUCGAACGCUGAAGCACAGAUUAUAGGCUCAUCAGAUUCAACAUUGACAUGGUAUGAACUCUUACUUAUGGAAGGAUUUCUGACAACCGUAAAAUCGCAGGAUGGUCAGUUGUUCCAUACAUCCAUGAAUUUCAUGAGCAAGGCUUCGAGUUUAUCUGAUAGACGAGGUAUAUUAGUUUUUGUUCAGUCCGAUAGUCAGUGUUUCUCCAUGUACAUGUUAAUCAAAACAAGGUUAGAUUAAUUGGUAGAUGGCGGGU